UAGACCUAUGGAAAUAUGCCACUGGAAGAGCUGAAUGGCCUGUACCACUGGAAAGAUGACAGCUCUGUUCUGGCCUGUUGCUACAUGACACAGCGCAGCAGAGGUCUGGAACACUGUAGCCAGCUCUCUUCAUCCACACACAGGAGUAAAGGCCACACCAUGAUCAGAAUUUCCCUUCUGGUUGGCAUUGCAUUAUUCCUUUAUGGCAGCGAAGCAAAACCAUACUCCUCUUGGGGUAAAGUAGAAGAGGACCGAUAUCAAGAAACUCUCCACAGCUCAGGGGAACUUUCCGGAAAGAUGUCUUUGGGGAUGAAGGAAGUGGAGCCCCCGGAGGACAUGGGGGUGACCGACGUCGACGUCGACCCCUCCAUGGCGAUCUGGAAGGCGGUUCAGUGGUCCCGAGGGAAGAAGCACGUCGUGUCCGAAAACGACGAAGACGAGCUGAACCACCCCGUCCUGGACCAGGUCCCGGAGGCCCGGGCGAACAGCGCAGGGCCGCAGGAGGCCUUCCGGAACGCCCCGCCCGUCCAGCCCUACCAGCAGGCCGAGCCGGACGCGGACGACUCGUACCACAGCUUCCCCGGCUCCGAGGCGCGGGAGGCAGAGGAGGACGCAGGCGAGCUGCGCCGUAGAUACGUGCCUGAUCAGCCCGCCCCCAGAGAGCCCCAGGCAGAGCAGAGGCAGCCCGGUCGCGUGGAUUACACGAAGCCGGAGGAAGACAGAGAUGAGGUGUACCACGGGCAUGGACCCGGCCAGCACCUUCACCCACGGCCCCAGGUGCGGGUGCAGGUACAGCCAGGGCCACUUCGUCACGUGACUUACACCCAGCCAGAGGAGGACAGAGACCACCUGUACCACAACUAGCCAUUUGUAUCUACUAAAAAUUCUGUAACAUCACUGUUAAUGAGGUGCCGUGAGAUGUAAUUACAGUUUGACAAGCUGAAAAUAUCACACCACAAGUGCUUUUAAAGAAUCACAAAUUGUAUCUUUUAUUACGCUGCCAAAACAUUGGCUACACUGAGACAAAUGGGUCCAUUUCCAACAAGGGUGCCACUUA